AUGUGCCAGGGUCCAUUCUCGACGUCUUCAUGGGCCUGCGUCAGCCUUGUCUACUGCAACUGUAGCUGCAUCCUCGCCAUCUCUAACCGCUUGCUAUCUUCAUACGCUACCGCUGCCUUUGACCUGUCACCCAAAAUAGAUCUAGCUAGCAACAAGAAACCACCACAGAGUUCGACACAGUGCGGCCCGUUUCAAGCCAUGCUCUAG